AUGAACAACCAAAUAGUUUCACGUAUUGGUAUUUUUUUAUUAUUCCGAUUUCUUCAUUUACUAUUUUUAUUUGAAUCUGAUAUUUAUGCAUUAGUUUUACGAUUAUUCGAUAGUUCAAAGAAAAAUGAAGAAGUUGAAGUUUUCAAUAUUUUUGCAAGGUUGGUUUUUUUUUUUGGAAAAAAAGGUUAAAACUUUGGAAAUUCAGAUUUCGAUUAGAUUCAACUGACGCAACUCGCGAAUCAGACUUUCUCUCAUUUCAUGAGAAAUCAACAAUUUUCGAGGAAAUCUGUGAAGAAGGAUGGUUUAUUUAUAACAUAACUAGUAAUUAUGUAUAUCUUGUUCGAGUUCCAUCAAUCGAUCCAGAAUUUUAUGAAUCAUCGAUUAGUGUGGAAAACUGUUCGAAAAUGUCGAAUUAUCUUUUUGAAAACGCUGAAAGAUUGGCAAGAAUUGAUAUGGAAACAUUUGAAAGAGCAGCAAAGAGUUUGGGAAAAUUUCAAGGUCCAGUUGUUAUGAUGUAUUCAACGCCUUGUAGUGGUGGAACUGUUGCUGCCAAAUUAUUGCAAGCUUGUGAUAAUUCAAAAAUGUCAUUGUUGGUUCUUGGAGAACCACCAUUUCUAACAUCACUUAGUUUGUUAUACAAUUCAAUGAGUAUUGAAAAACUUCGAUCUUUAUGUCGAUCCACAAUUCGAUUCUCAGUUCAACAUCAAAAACAAAAUCAAACGAUUGUAAUGAAAACGAGAUCAAGUUGCACGAAAAUUGUGCCAUUUAUUCAUUCGAGAUGUCCUUCUAUUCAACAUAUUUUUAUUGGAAAACAUAACUACGAAAAUGUAAUUUCUCGAUUAGUUAUUUCAACAUCUUCUGAAUUCGCUGUAUUUUCGUGGAUUUGUUGGUUAUUGAACAAUUCGAAAUAUUUAGUAGAUAGUGUAACUUCUUGGAAAGGUCUUGAAGAAGAAUUAGUUACUCGAGUUGGUCCAAAUACAGAUGUUGAAUUUGCAAUGGCUCAAGUUUAUGGUUGUUUGGUGAAUUUCAGAAGGAAUCAACAAUUUUUCAGUAGCGAAAUGAUUAUGGUUGAUGAUCUAGUAAGUAUUUUCUCGUUGUGAGGAUUUCAUGUACAUUUUUUUAAAUUUAUAGAUAUCUGACACUGUGCCAAAUAUCCGACCACUUCUCAAUAUUUGUCAAGUUUCUGAUCUUGCAAUUCCCGAAUGCAUUGAAUGGAAAAGAAGUGCUGAAGAUAUUCUACAAAGCGUUUUUCAAACUGUCAAAUUAACAGAAGAAGAUGCUUCAAGAGUCGAACAUCUUGUUGAUUUAAUUAAUAGAGAUUUGUAUAUGCCUUCACCGUUAUGA